AUGGUAGAAUUUCUCAUUGGGCAAGAAAAUGUUCUACGUGAUUUACCACGAGGAAAAUCAAAUGAGUAUAGAAAUAUGCAGAAAAAUGCUUGUCUCUAUUUUGUUCAUGGUUCUAGGGUAUCAUCAAAAGAUCAUAUGAAACUUUAUCAGCAUUCUGUACGAUGUACAGUAGCUAUGCAAAUAUUUUUGGAUGCUAACCAACAAUAUUGGCGAUUUGUACCUAUGACAAUAGAAGAAUCAGAACGACCAGAACAACGAUCUGUUCAAGGUAUUUCGUUUACUAACGAACUCACUUGGAAUCUACGACAAAUGGAAGAUUGCACAAUAUAUGUUGAAUCAGUUCCGAAAGCAUCGACUGGCUAUACGUUUUCCAAUCGACAAAUAGGAUUGCAAUUGUCCUAUUUUAAUAAAUAA